UGAUCCACAGACCGACAUUAUUUAAAGCACUAAAUCGAUUAAAAUUCAUUUAGCUCGCUUCAUCUUACUUUGUUGCAAAGAAAAACAAAACCAAAUAAAAUGGUCACCAAUUGAGCAGCACACAGCUACAAACAAUAACACGCGGCUACAGAGUGGGCCAGUCAAUUAGGUAAACAGUGGAAUCAGUGGCAGUGGGACGUUCGUCGCUUGAAUCUUUUGUCGAAAGCGGCGGGUAGGCCAUUCGAAAAUUUGAUUUUUAGCUAAAUAAAAUAGUCAAUACCAUGCAUCAAGUGACAUUCGCAGUCUCCAAAUCCUCUAGAAACCUUUCAUUGUUUCUUUUGCACACUGGAAGUAUGCGAUUAGUAGAUUUAUGUUGCUUCCAAUAUUGAUCAGUGAAGCGCAAAAUUUCAAUUAUUAGCAAUAUCUUGCGGUAUUUGAGCAAUAAGCAAAACGAAAAGUGUCAUAAUUUCCUGGCUGAACGUUGUGAGCUUAUAAAUAUGCGAAAAGUGUGAAAAAGCGUGUUUAGUUUACUAGAGGCACGUCCAAGGAGGACACGGCAGUAGCUAGCGAAAAAAUAAAGAUUUUCAUGCCCAUCGUUUCGAACGCUUCAUAUUAACACAAAAUAACGUCAUUUAAAUUAACGUUUCAAAAUAAUUUUGAAGAAGUGAGAGUGCCAGCAAUAAAAGCUUUUCCGUUUCACACAUCACAAUGCAAAGAUGGAUUGUCAACGAGGCAUUAUGCCACCCGUCGAAACCUGCAACAGCAUUCAUCGAGGUAACGCAUGCCAGCCGCAAGUUGAUCAAUCGUAAACAACGCAUUCUGCUGCAGAUGGACCAGCAACAACACGACCAGCUAUGCAAAUCAAAAGAAAAACAUUUCCAAAAUACGCACCCAGCAAUGUCGUCUUACCAGUUCCGCAUUGUUAUGAUGCCACAACGUCUGCAGAUGCGUCUGGCGUUGACUCCUGCCGCUUGCCUUGCAUCCACAGCAUUCGUGCUGCUGCUGUUGAUGACGACUGCACCUGUUUGCCAGGCAGUAGGUUACUCAUACACGCGUUUUUCCGGCCCAGUCACUGGACCUGAGCAGAAGAUAAUUGUACAUGAUGCGCUGACUAGCGGUGGGGUCGGUGGUGGCGCCCGCAUCGACUUCAUCGCUAAACCGGCCUACGAGUUCGCUUACGGCGUGGAGGAUGCACAAGCACGCCUGCUGCAGAAUCGGCAAGAGAUGCGUGAUGGCGAUGCCGUGCGCGGUUCAUACAGCGUCGUGGACCCGGAUGGCAAUUUGCGUGUAGUCAAAUAUACAGCAGAUCAUGUAAAUGGCUUUCAGGCUGAGGUUACGACGAACGGCCUUGGGACGACAGUUCACGGUCAACAGUUAUUGCCGCAGGUGCCGGUGCAAGCUGCGCCAACUCAGACGACUCCACCUCUUUGGUACUAUCCUCAUGUAGCACAACAACAGCAGCAGCAGCAAAUCCAACAUGACGUAGAGCAAAAGAACGAAGACUCUGAUGAUGAGUAUGCUGACGAUGGAAAUGAGGUGGCUGAAGAUUAUGAAGAAAGUGCGGAUGAGGUUAUAGAGAAUAAAGAAAAUCUCGACGAGGGCGAGGAAAAUGAAGAUGAAGAUGAAGAAAAAGAAGAGCAUGAUGAUUAUGAAGGCAAUGAAUAUUCUUCGGAGGAGUGAAGCAUCUAAUAAGGGAUAG